UAAAAUACUGAAAAAAUCAGGCAGCAAAUAAACAACAAAUUAAACCAAUAAUACAAAAUCGCACAAAAACAAACGAUCAAAAAUGGUGUCACUGGAGAAGCUGAAACAAUUGAGACUGAUCCAUCUAUGCAUUGCCAUAACAUUCUUCACAUCGGGAGUAUGCAUUAAUCUGGUCCAAUUAUUAUUGCACAUUACAGUAAAGCCUAUAAAUGAACGACUCUUCCGUAAAUUGAUGUACUAUUUGUGUUAUUCCCUCUACAGUCAAAUUGUGUUUGUAGCCGAUUGGUGGGCAGGAUGUCGCAUGCGUGUUUAUAUGGAUGAGGAGGAUCGGCGCACUUAUGCCGGAAAUGAACAUGUUUUACUCUUAAUGAAUCACAAAUAUGAAAUUGAUUGGUUAACGGGCUGGAUGAUUUGUGACAAAUUGGGUGUCCUGGGCAACUGUAAGGCCUAUGCCAAGAAGCCCAUUCGCUAUGUUCCAAUCAUUGGCUGGGGCUGGUGGCUGGCUGAAUUUGUCUUCCUUAAUCGUAACUUUGACAAGGAUAAGGAGAUUAUUGCAAAGCAAUUGAAGGUGGUCUAUUCGUAUCCGGAUCCCACAUGGCUCCUAUUGAAUGCUGAAGGAACACGUUUCACCCAAUCGAAACACGAGGCAUCUGUGAAAUUUGCAGAAGAACGAGGAAUGACUCCACUCAAACACCAUUUAAUACCCCGAUCCAAGGGAUUUACUGCCAGUUUGGCCACUCUGAGAGGGAUUUGUCCUGUAAUCUAUGAUAUUAAUCUGGCCUUUAAGCCAACCGAAAAGACUCCGUCCACCAUGUUGUCCCUGUUGAAUGGCAAGGGUGUGGAACCUUAUAUGCUAAUGAGACGCAUUCCUCUUGAGCAAGUACCGGAAGAUGAGACGGAGGCAGCCGCCUGGUUGCAGAAACUGUUUGUGGAAAAGGAUCGCAUAAUCGAUAGCUUCUUGGAAACGGGCAGUUUCUUUGAGAAAUCAGGCGUCAAGGAAACACCCUCUGAACUUCUAAAGCCACGUCUUAGUUCGUUAAUCAAUUUCGCUUGUUGGGUAUUUGUCUCGUUGUCGAGCAUCUUCUAUUAUCUGAUCACUUCGUUGUUGGCCGCCAAUUGGACGGCAUUUAUCACAGCCUCCUCAGUGUUGGGACUAUUUUAUUGGCUAAUGGGUCAGGCUAUCAACAAGACGCAAAUCAGUAAGGGUUCGAGUUAUGGCGCCACUUCAAAAUCAUUUGCAUCCACCUCUCCUCCAGCAAGCACAAAAUAAUUACGAACAAAUCCUUAGGUUGAUAUUUUUCUCACAACUUUAGUCAAUAUAUGGAGCCUAAGCUAAUACCAACUCAAUUAUAUAAAAAAAAGAAAAAACACACACAACAAACAAAAAAAAAUGGAACAAAAACCCAAAUAAUACGCCUUGGAAAAUGUUCUCUCAAAAACUAAAUAUUAAACAAAUUCAAUUAUAAUUCCUCUUCGACUGUAUGUGGAAUGAUUUAUUGUAGCGUUUGACGAUAACCCAAAAUUGUUCAGUUUGUGUGAGUGUUUGAAACAAGACAGUUUUGUGUAAGAGCCAUCAAAUUUAUUGUAUGUAUGUAUGUAGUAGUUCUCGUAGUAAAAGCCUACACAUAUAAGUAAACGUGUUUAAUAAUUGUAUUUGGCAGAAACAAAAACGAUUUGCAACAAUUAAAAUUACAAGCAAAAAACCAA